AUGGGCAAUUCCUCUCGGAAAGGAGAGACUGAGGAGGAGAAGGAAAAGGGAGAGGAGGGCGGAGAGAAAGAAAAAGUGGUGAAGAAGGAAAAAGAGGAAGAGGAGAUCGAAGAGGAGCUGCCGUUAGGUGUGGACGAGCUGUUGGCCAGCGGCGACCCGGUGUUGGACCUGAGUUACUACAAACUUCGCCGGCUCCCCAAACAAGUCUUGGGUCUCCAUCACCUGGAGAAACUCUACGUGUGUGGGAACCGCAUGCGCUGCCUCCCCGACGGCAUCGCGCAGCUGCAGGGUCUGCGCAUCCUCGCCCUGGACUUUAACAAAAUGGAAGACGUGCCUCUGGCCGUCUGUCAGCUGUCCAACCUCACACGUCUGUACCUGGGCAGUAACCGCCUGAUAAACCUGCCACCGGAGGUCAGGAACCUCAAGAGUUUACGCUGUCUCUGGGUUGAAAGUAACUUUUUCCAGCAUUUCCCAAAGCAGCUCUACGACCUGCCUCACCUACGCUCCCUGCAGUUAGGGGACAACCGGCUGCGCACCUUGCCCUCGGACCUCUGGCGCAUGGAAGCCCUACGAGGCCUGUGGCUCUACGGAAACCGUUUCCAGGAAUUUCCGCGCGUGUUGCUGAAGAUGGAAGGGCUUGAAAUUUUGGAUUUGGAUCGGAACCGGAUCACAGAGUUCCCUAGCUUGGUGCACCUGCCCGCGCUGCGGCUGUUCUCCUACGACCACAACCCCGUGGAGGGCCCUCCUCGGGUGGGGGAGGAGGUGGUGCUGGUGGGGGAAGGAGCGGAGGAGUUCCUGCAGGCCAGGGAGAGAAAGAAGGAGGCGCGACGGAAAGCGGCGGAGGAGGCUGCCGCAGCCGCGGCGGCCGCCGAGGCGCCCGUGAUCCAUGGAAUACUGAAAAACAGUUCCACCCCUGCUAAAAACUCAACCAAUGAGGGAGGGACAGAUGAGUCAGCCCCGCCCCCACAGGGGGAGGAGGUGCCACAGAAUAAAGUUACAGAGGACGGGGUGGAGAAUGGGAGGACUGUUCUGGAGUUUGACGAAGCUGAGCUGGAGUAUGAAGAGGAGGGGUUAGAAUACGAGAGGGAGGAGCUUAUCUGUGAAGGGGAGGGGUAUGAGGGAUACGAGGGGGUGGAGUUAGAGUACGAGAGAGCCGAGAUGGACUAUGAGUAUGAGGGGGAUGAAGUAUAUGAACCUGAACAACAAGGGGGCAGGGCUUGA